CUACGAAGGCAUCCUCUGCAUGAUUUUGGCGGGAGGUUUUCCCGCCAGAUAAGGGAGUACAAUUUGAACAGUUCUCUUUCCUCAAAAACUCAUCUCACACUGUCACACACUCUCUCGACGUCGGCGAGCAAGAAGAGUCAUCUGAGCCGCGUUUUCAUUUUCAACUAUAAGUGAGCAACUGCCGCCGUUCUGCCGCCGCGCGUUUUACAUCAUAGAAAAGGAGCCUCGCCGCCGCUGUUUACUUUCUUCUGCGAUUUAACAAGAGGCGGCUUUCAAAACUCUUCAGUCGGUGACGAGGGCACGAUUCAGAUCUUCUGACAGAGAUGGUGAUUGAAGAAGCUGUCAAUGGGAAGGAUGACAUGUUGAUUGAUGGUCAAAUGGCUGACCAGGUCCUCCCAAGUGGAUUCAACCUUAAUUUUCUGAAUCUUUACUAUGCGAAACUCUUCCCCUACGGUGAUAUCUUCAAAUGGAUGUCUUACGGAAAUGAUGGAAAGCAUCCUGCUUGUGACAAAUCUUACUUUGGCAGGAGAGAGCUUUCUUUCACCCUUGAGAAUGAUAUUUAUCUGAGGUUUCUGUCCUUCAACAGCGUAUCCGAGUUGGAGAAAGGCAUCAGAGAGAAGUGUCCAUUUAAAAUAGACAUUGGUCCUGUUUAUAGCGUUGAUCCUUCCAAAAGGCAUGCUUAUGCCCAAAGUGGCGAGAAUGUUUUCAAACCAGUGGAGAGGGAGCUAAUUUUUGACAUUGAUAUUACAGACUAUGACGAUGUCAGAUAUUGCUGCUCGGGAGCUGAUGUGUGCCUGGACUGCUGGCCCCUGAUGACUGCAGCUAUCAAAGUUAUCAACACCGCCCUCAGAGAUGACUUUGGUUUCAGACAUAUUCUCUGGGUUUACAGUGGCCGGCGUGGUGUACAUUGUUGGGUUUGUGAUGGGAAGGCAAGAAGGUUGACUAAUGAACAGAGAGCAGCUAUUGCUGAUUAUUUUCGAGUAUACAAGGGUAGUGAGAACAGUAAGAAAAAAGUUUCUCUGACCGGCCAUGCUCUUCAUCCUUUCUUGGUGAGAUCUUACACAGAAGUUCUAAAGGAUUUAUUUGAGCAAACAUUGCUCUCUAGUCAGCAAAUUUUUUCUACCGAAGACAGAUGCGAGAAAGUUCUAGAGAUGAUUCCAGAUGAAUCUGUUGCUGCUGAGCUCAGAGGGAGGUGGCAGAAGAGGUCCUCUGGUUCAAAAGACGAUAUUAAUGCUGUUCGAUGGGAGCAUCUGAAGCACACUCUGCAAUCUGGAAGACACAAGGGACAAGGCCUGCGUAGGUGUGUUGAAGAAAUUGUGUUCUCUUUCUCCUAUCCCAGGCUUGAUAUGGAGGUCUCCAAACACAUGAACCACUUGCUGAAGGCACCAUUUUGUGUUCACCCAAAAACUGGUCGUGUCUGUGUACCAAUAGACCCAGUCCAUUGCCAUGAAUUUGAUCCUACAACUGUCCCAACACUUUCACAGCUGCUACAAGAACUUAACUCAGGGGGAAUGGGGCAGGAAGGGGAUAAUGACUGGGACAGGACAUCACUUGGCGAAUCUGUUAGGUUUUUCCGAUCAUCGUUCUUGGAACCUCUUCUGAAAGCUUGCAAGGAGGAGAUGGAGAGUGCAUACAACUCAAAAUUGCAGCAGUCAAAGAACUCAUUGAGUUGGUAGUUCCAUUCUACUUCCUCUUUCCAUCACUAUAUAUAGGGGAUCCAGGGCUAAUCCAGUUUUUCUUACACUGCUGUGCUAAAUCAAUGUAAUGUAUAUGUAUGGAAUCCCAGAGGAAGCGUUUUCCAGAAUCUUAAACCGUUAGUCAAGCAUUGUCCUUCACGCAGUGAUAGGUCCAAGUGAGGAAUUUCGUAGCAAGAACUUAGCAACCAUUAUCAAUACUUUCGCGGCCUAAAUCGAUCA